UCUCUCUUUCUCUCUCUCUCUCUUAAAACUAGACAGCAAGCUCAAUUCCUCUUCCUCCCAUGAUUGGAGAUUAAGGAAGCCAAAGAAGAACCAGAAGAUCACAGAGCUAGCUUGAUUUGCUUUCUGCCACUCCUGCUUAGUACUAAGCAAGAUCAUGUGUGACUACUUCUGGCAAAGGAUGGAUCAGAAUAACCAAGGAGACCUCUCAGACAUCUUCCGAAACAGCAGCAGCCACACCAGCAACGACUCCUGGCAUCCACUGCCGGAGCCCGCCGGAGCCUUCGCGCCACCGUCCAACCUCUUCGGAGACCCGUUCGCUGAGAUCGGAGACCCUUUGCUCGGUGAAUUCGCCACAACCAACUACUUCAACUCGUCUGAGACUACGAUUGUUAAGACGAAUAGCACUGGUCGUAGUGAUGACUGCGGUGCACAAAAGAUGCUACUUGAGGAGGAAGGGAAGAGUAGCAUCUUCUCAAGGAUGUUGCAAAUCUCUCCGGUGAUCCCCAGCAAGAUGUCGGCAGAGAUCGGACCAUCGCCGCUUGUGGGUACUGUGGCCGGGGAUAGCAGUGGAUGUUUGCAAAUCUCAUCAACAAGAGUGCAAGGGAUCAAGAGAAGGAAAAGUCAGGUAAAGAAAGUGGUAUGCAUACCAGCACCAGCUGCAGCAAGUGGCAGGCCAAGUGGAACUGGAGAAGUAGUUCCUUCUGAUCUCUGGGCUUGGAGGAAAUACGGCCAGAAACCAAUCAAAGGUUCUCCUUAUCCUAGAGGUUACUAUAGAUGCAGUAGCUCAAAGGGAUGCUCAGCAAGGAAACAAGUGGAAAGAAGCCGGACAGAUCCUAACAUGCUAGUCAUCACCUACACUUCAGAGCACAACCAUCCAUGGCCAACUCAAAGAAAUGCUCUUGCAGGAUCAACAAGAUCUCAUCCUUCAAAGAGCAAUAAUAGUGCUUCAACUUCCAAGAAUUCUCCUCACAACUUAAACCAAUUAGCAACAAAUAUCAAGGAAGAGCACAAAGAGUGUUCGAGCUCAACCAUCAAUUUAGUCAAAGAAGAAGAAGCAUAUGAGAUGGAGAAAGCUUUGGUUGAUCCUCAAGAUCAUGAUUUUGAUCAAGUGUUCGAUGAGAGUACUUUCAUGAUGUCAGAUUCGAACCAGCCCGACGACUUCUUUGCAGAUUUGGCUGAGCUUGAGUCAUCCGAUCCAAUGAACCUCAUCUUCCCAAAGGGAUUCAUGGGAGAUCACGAUCAUGCUAAGUUGGAUGAGGAGAGGGAAAGAAAUAAGGCCUUGGAUCCCUUCAACAUGUUUGAUUGGGAAGGAGGGAGUUCAAUUGAAGAAACAAAAAGAGGUUUAUGACAUGACCUCUCGAAACAAAUCAACACCUUAGGCUUCAUUCGGGAAAGCUUUUCAGCUUCUUUGUUUUUCAAAAAUCUCGCAUGUUAUAUAAUUUAGGCUUCAAAUGGGAUAGCUUUCUUAUUGUUUUUUAAAGCAGCUUUCUAGUAUAAAAAUUUAAUUUGUUGUACUAGAAAGUUGCUUUAAAAAGCAAUAAAAAAACUGUCCCAAACGAAAUCUUAAAUUGGAAAAAAAAUCUCCCAAGAUAUAUCCUGAUAAAAAUUGUAUCAAGAUAUGAUCGCUUGAAAAUCUUUUGAUUUAUUUUAAAAUUAGUGUUAUACAUGAAUAAUUUGUAUUGCUCUAAUUUUAAAAUAAAUCUGAUUAUUUUAAGCCCAUCCUCAUAUAAUUUUUAUCAGGAUAUUCUUACACAACUUUUUUCCUUUUAAAUUUGUGCUUAUAGCAUGCGAAGACCGAUCGACCAUAAGAAGCAGACUUGCAGAACAAAUUUUUCAUGAUUUUAUUUCUACAAUGCAUCAAAACACAACACAACACAAGUACAUGAAGCCCUCUAUGAUGUUAUAUAAUUUACCUAGAGGUCUGGCUAUAUAAACCUUCACAUAUAGUAAUUAGUUUAAGCUGUCAUGAAGAGUCUUUCCUUCUUAUAAAGACUUCUUUUACUUGUGUUUUUCCUUGUUAAUUAAAGAAUAAUUUGUAGUUUAAGGAUUAAAAAAAAGGAUUUUUCUUGAUUGAGAGAGAAAGAUCAUGUAGAUCUACAUACUCGUGAUGUUGGAAGAUGGGACAGAAAGCUGAGGAACAGAAGCAUGGAACAGUGAGGGGCAAGUACAUGCAUGAGAUGUCACUCAAAAAGCAUUACAAGUAGUGCAAUAUCAUCCAUAUCGUUAAGCUGGCUAGUCCUCUACUGUUUGUUUUUUUCAACCUUUAUCAUUUUUUUCUUCCCUUUCUUCUCUUAAUUCAAAGUGGAAGUCAAUUAAGUGAUCUGAUGAAAAUAAAUGGGGAGUGUGUGACCACUUUUCUGUUGCUUUAGCAUUGAAACAGUGUUAUAGUUUGUUCUAAAUUAUGAUAGUUAAUAGGAGAUGGGAAAUGGUCUGAUAGAAGAGAGAUGACUAGCUUUAUUGUUCCUCAACUUUCUGUUUGACAUCUUUUAAUUAUCUUGAUCAACAAUAAAGGUCUAUUUUUACAGUGUAUCAGUGGCUAUUUUCUUUUGGCAAUAAAACUU